GAGAUUGAUAUAUUUUCGGGCAAUCACGUCUGUCUAAUGGACCACCUCAGGCUCUCUCCGCGAGACGCAUUUCGUCUCCUCCUACCGAACGAUUUUGUUACAUUUCACUUUCUUCCUAGCGCUGUUACAGCGAAGUAUUUACAUGUUUGUUUCCCAUUGGUUAGUUGUAGUGAAGGUGGGGUCUGAGAGGAAGCUGUGGAAGCGCUUUGUGAAUUAAAUCAUCCGAGUUUGUGAAAGCUGUUCGUCCCGGGAAGAAACAACUGGAUUAUUUUGCCGAGAGUGUUCAAUAAACUGAGAAAUAAAACGGAGGGAAAGUACGCACGGUGCCACGUCUGGCUAAAGCGCGGACAUCUGCGUUGGAGAGCAGCUGAGGCACAAGUGUCAGCAUCAUCAAGUUUACUUACCCAGAACAGAAAGUAACCGAAGUUUCCGAAGGAAAUGCGAUUUGUGAGAACUUAAAAUUAUUAAAGGCAUGGCACGAAGGGGUCUCGGUAAAUAGCGUGACAAGGGGAGCCUUGAAUAAUGCGCUCCGGGGUGUAGACAGGGUCUGGAUUAUUAUGAGGCGCCAUGGCGUGGUGUGAUCGUGGGGUUCAGAUGUUGCUGACCACCGUGGGGGCUUUUGCGGCUUUCAGUCUAAUGACCAUCGCGAUUGGCACGGACUACUGGCUUUAUUCACGGGGUUACUCAUGCAACGCCACCAACAUCACCACGGACGAAACUCAAGCGCAGCCCAAGAAAACUAAAGGCGAUCUCACACACUCUGGGCUGUGGAGAAUCUGUUGUAUUGAAGGUAUCAACAAAGGAAGCUGUUACCGGAUCAAUCACUUCCCGGAGGACAACGACUAUGACACUGACAGCUCGGAGUACCUCCUACGUAUCGUCCGCGCCUCCAGCGUGUUCCCCAUCCUCAGCACCAUCCUGCUGCUGCUGGGCGGGCUGUGCGUGGGCGUGGGCCGCAUCUACAGCGGCAAGAACAACAUCCUGCUGAGCGCCGGCAUCCUGUUCGUCGCCGCCGGCCUGAGCAACAUCAUCGGCAUCAUUGUCUACAUCUCCAGCAACGCCGGCGACCCGAGCGACAAGAAGGACGAGGACAAGAAGAACCAGUACAACUACGGCUGGUCCUUCUACUUCGGCGCGCUGUCCUUCAUCGUGGCUGAGUCCAUCGGCGUGCUGGCCGUCAACAUCUACAUCGAGAGGAACAAGGAGGUGCGCUUCAGGGCGCGCCGGGAGUUCGCCAAGGCCGCCGCCUCCUCCUCGUCCCCGUACUCGCGCAUGCCCAGCUACCGCUACCGGCGGCGGCGCUCGCGCUCCAGCUCCCGCUCCACGGCGGGGGACCGGUCUCGGGAGACGUCCCCCGUGGGGCUCAAGAUGGCGGGCUCCGUGCCCAUGGGGGAGAUCUCCAUGUACACUCUGACCAGGGACCCCCUCAAGUCCGGCGGCACGGGCGCCUCCUACAGCCCGGACCACGACUCGGGCUUCCUGCAGGUCCACAACUGCUUCCCGAAAGACCUCAAGGACGGCAUUAACCGGAGGACCACGCCCGUAUGAGGGCCAGCUAGCUUCCAUCCGCGGCGUCGCUAACAAGAGGCCAUCAACUAAGGCUACUGGGUCGGUUCUGUGAGAGCCAGUGCCUGACGAGCUAGAACUAAUCGGUACGGUGCAAGGUGUUGGAUGAUCAGUAUUCAUGUGAAGGAAUUGCAAAUAGUUUCUUCUGUCUGGAAUUUUUUUUAAAAGGCUAUAAUGAUGUGUUAGGCGAGGGGAAGAGGCUGCGGCUAGCCUGAUUGGGCCAAAGCUGGAAUAUAACCCAUUCUAAAAUUCAGAGCAGUAGCCAAUCAAAACCCUCCCUGCUUACACAAAGCACUUUGCUGAAAAACUUUCCCAUUUUUUUUUUUUUUACCCAAGGGGUCCAGCAAACCUGAUUUUAGUAGCAAUAUUUUUUGAGAUACACUGCAGUAUCCCCCGUUAUUUUCAAGAUUCAUAUAACUUAGAAAUUUCGUUAACAUUAUUGCAGUAUUUAAUUUAUUGUGGUAGCUGCUGUUGGUGGUGAAUUUUUUUCUGAUGUUUUUGUUUGUUCGUUUGUUUGCUUGUCUGAUUUUUUUUUGUUUUUUAAAGUACGUAUAGUUUGAAUACAUUUAACUCUUCAAGGUAAACUGGUGCUAACUAAAAUGUAAGUAAAGCCUGAGCCUUUACCCCAAACGUCUGCGUUUUCGACAACGCCACGCCCCCGCCCCUCGUGAGCGUGUUGGAGUGAAAUAUGCCGUGUUAGUGUUGUGCGAUCAGAGCCAAUGGCAGUUUUUUCACAUUCGAUGUUCCUGGCUGCCUGCCGUCUCUUUCAACAGUUCCCCAAAUCAAAUCCAGGGGUUGCGUCACAUAUUGUCGAAAUGUGAAUCAUUCUAAAUAAUGGGCAUGUGAGUUUUCAUGUACCUGGACUUUGAACUUUGUGUUAACAUCCCUUUAUAUGGUUGGGACCACAGAUCUCUCGUCUGAAUAUAGAAUCUUGAUUUGCUCAGGGAAGCUGCAAUCGUACGUUCAGUUUAAGGCAAAAAAAAAAAAAAGAUCAAAUAAAUUAGCCAUUUUGUUGUGAUGCGAAAAGCUUCGCCAUCAUUGGUGUUUCACGUCAAUCUCAGAACGACUGUUAGUGUCACUGAGUUUUGUUUUGUUUUUGUUUGUUUGGUUUGGUUUUUUUGUUGCUAAAUUUAGCCUUGUCAAAGGUAUAGGCUUUAAAUGCACAUACUUGUGGGUCCACAGUGCAGGGUGACUGAUAUGAUUCAUUUGCCAUGUACAGCAAAAAAAAAAAAAAAA